AUGUCUCAACUACCUCCUGAAGUCCACUUUGAGGUGCUGGAUCACCUCCUUUGGGCUCAGCAGCCACUAUUACAUUCAAAUCUUUGUGCGGCUCGGAAGUAUGCGUUCUCGAGCAUAGAUCAUGCCCGAAUUAUGACUGAGUAUUUCCGACACGAAAGGAACAAAAGACGCCUCCUCGACAUACCGAACCAAUCUCAAAUCUGGGACGGCUGGCUUGAUGCUAACCGAUAUGCACAAACACCUACUGCAGCUCUGGGGACAGGGCCAGAACCUGAUGUACUUACUGGGGUUAUCUAUAGUAAUUGCAUCCCAUGCUUUCAUCUCCUUCGCGAUCAUAUCCACUUCCCAUUUGAUCGCUACAAUGAUUUUGGAUAUUCAUUCCUGGGGCUCGCCCUCCUGCUUGGCCACCAUGAGAUAGCACGGGGUAUUGCCAACCGUAUUAAUAACCAGGGACAUAUUACCGGCAGGGCAAACGUCAAACUUACAGGAGGUCAAGGACAGAAGAUCAUCACACUUGCCGCGCAAACAGGCGAUAGAUUGAUCUUCGAACCUAUUCUGGACCAGAUCCAACCAGAUCUGGUGGAUUACUACAUCCGUCUAACUGUUGGGAAGCAUGAGCGAGCUCAUCUCUGCCGGGAUUCCACAGUUGCCCUUGCACACCAACUCCUUGAAGAUAGGUGUAACAUUGCUGAUGGAGUUGACAGCAAUAGUCAAGAUACCUCAUGGCACUAUGGGGUGGAAAAUCCACAUGGCACAGAAUUCAUGAAGUUCCUUUUCUGCAAUCGGACACCCCAGGUUCGCCUAGACCAACCAAACGCCAAUGGUGAAACCCCACUCAUGAAAGCUGUGCGCUCCGGGAGCCUGGAUAUAGUGAGAUGGCUGAUCGAUAUCUGUGCUGAUGUUGAAUAUGAAGGAGCCCGCGGGACUACUGCAGCGCACCUGGCUGCAGAGCUUCAAAUUAAUGAGAGUAUUACAAUGCUGGAGAUACUACUCCCUCAUGCCCAGAUUAACUCUGGUCAUCAAACAGCAGCAGGGACGAUUUUCCAUGCCUUGGUAGAUGGGGUGCGAAGUGCAGAAGGGGAACUAUCAAAUAAUACCACCCUUGGACAUAGUGCACGCAUACAGCUCCAUCAGCAGUGCUAUGACCGUGUUGACAAGAAGUACAGAGUGCUCAGAAGAUAUGGUAUAGACCAGACUCUGACCAAUGCCGCAAAUCACACGGCGGCACAGUAUGCAUUGAGUUUUGGCCUAGGGGAUCUGGCAACGUACAUCAACAGGGAGCCAGAAUGCGCCUAG